AUUUCACUAUAAUCCCUAUCUAAAACCAAACACCGUCAUCCAUCAUUUCAAACUAAGCCUCUGACUGCCCUCCUCAACUUUUCGCGCAGCACAGCAAAACGAGACUCGACAUGAACCAGUUCACCCUCGUCGCCGUGACCGCCGUGCUGGUGGCGAUCUACCACAACUACUUCGCGCCGCAGCCCACAGUAUGGGUGGCACCCUCACAGCUCAAGCUUACAUAUUUUGCUGGGCCCGGCCGCGCUGAGCUGUCGCGCCUGAUCUUAUCCGCCGGUAAUGUGUCAUUCGAAGACGAGCGUCUGGACCGUGAUGCGUUCUUGGCGAUUAAGCCCACUCUGCCGCUCGGCCAGGUUCCGGUGCUCGAGGUGGACGGCACCACAUAUAGCCAGAGUAUGGCCAUCGCUCGCUAUGCCGCCAAACUCACGGGCCUGUAUCCGCAGGACCCACUCGAGUGUCUGCGCGUGGAUAUGGUGUCCGAGUCACUCAUUGACGUCAAGACGCUUAUCUCGGAGAUCACUUACCGCACGCCGGACGAGGCUGCCAAGACCGAGAAAAGCAAGAAGUUGCUAGAGGAAAGCGUACCCAAGACGCUCAAGUUGCUCGAAGGAUUCAUCCAGAAGGGGCCCUUCUUCUUGAACGACAAGAUGACGUACGCAGAUCUGCAGGUCUACGACCUGACCAAGAAUGGACUCAGCAGCUUCGCGGGCUUUUCGUUGAGCAAGUACCCGAAGCUCGCAAAGCUCGUGGGCAAUGUGGAGUCGACUCCCAACGUGGCGGCUUAUCUGGCUAAGCACCAGAAAUAAGGGAAAGAAUAGGAGGUGGAGACGUAUCUGCUUGGAAUAAAUUUGCUCGUCACUGACAAGCAAAAUUGACAAGUUGUCAGGCGCUGGCCUGUAGUGUACGUGUCAACUUUCGUGGUUGUACCGUAAAUUACGACCCGUAAUUUACCUUUGAAAAUAAUGAUACAGAUUACGCAUCACAUACUGUAAGUAGUACCGUAAGCGACGGUUCGAAUGCGUUACGCAAUCGUGUCUCGGACGCGUUGACGA